AUGAGUUGGAAUCGCAACUAUGAUAACAUGUCCAAUUUUGGGCAAAAUGGUCAAUCCACCUACCCUCAAACCAGGCCUGGUUUUAAUCAGCAUAUUGAGCAGACUCCAUUCAUCACACGUGGCUCAUUAUCAGAUGGGAAACCACCUCUUUUGCCGACACCCAUUGCUGGAUUUGAAGUUAUGUGUCAACUGUGUAAUAAACAGGGACAUGUUGCUCGUGUUUGUCCUGAACGUGGGAAUUAUGUGUAUACAGCAGAAGCUACAAAUGCCAACCCCAACGAGAAUACAAGUUGGUGUUUAGAUUCCGGGGCUACCCACCACAUGCCAGCAAACCUAUUUGCUCUUCCAUAUGCUCAACCGUAUACAGGUACAGAUACGAUAAUUAUUGGUAAUGGCAACCAUUUGGCUAUCACACAUAUUGGGAACACUAAUCUAUCCACUACACAUAAGGCUUUAGAACUUAAUGAAGUCUUAUGUGUUCAUGCUAUAAGAAAGAACUUGAUUAGCAUUCGUCGAUUUUGUCGAGAUAAUGAUUGUUUCUUUGAAAUGAAUGCUAAUGGUUUUCGUGUAAAGGACAACAAGACAGGGAAGGUACUCCUUACUGGCAGUAGUUAUGGCGGAUUAUAUCAUAUCAAUGCAGUGCCAAAUGUUACCAACAAGAUCGUGUUUUAUGCGGAAAGGACGACACAAGAUGUGUGGCAUGCUCGGCUUGGACACCCUUCUCACUCAGUUUUUCGAACUCUUUUGAAUAAACACCAUUUACCCAUUAAUGGUAUUGUUGCUUCUACUAAGGUAAGGUCUACAUAUCUGAUGCCUUAUGUAUCGUCCUCCACAGAAUCUGAUGUCUUCCGCCCAUUUCUGGCACUACCUGGGCCAAGCCAACUAUCAGCACCACUUAAGCCCAACAUGGUGCCACCCAUUGCCGAGCCAAUUUCUGAAGCUGAAAGCCCAGCAACGGAGCCCAAUCUUGUGCCUCAUUUAGAAGAUGAGCCCAGCUUCACGCCUCACCCAUAUGGGCCCAAUUCUACAUCCAUUACACCCAAUUCUUGCCCACAUGGGGCUACUCACAAUCAUCCCAUUAGAGCCUUUCCACCCGUGCAGCCCAGCCCGAGGCUAGGGGGAAAAAAAAAUUCUGUUCCAGCGGAGCAGCCCAGGCCCGGGGAGGGUGUGGAACCCACCACCCCGGGCUGGCCCGAAGGCAACUUCUGCCUGAGGUCCAAAACGAGGGGGGUUACUGUAGCGUUACAAUAUCUGCUACAAGCAGCUCCAGCGCUGCUUCAAAAUCGGGUAGGAGGCCCCCCGAACAAGCCCAAAAGAGCUCCACCGCGCGACAACAGGCCCGGGCAAGCCCAAGGGCAGGUUUCUCCUGGGCUUCAGCCCGAGGGCGGUGACGUCAGCGCGUGGAAGUCAAAUUUUUUUACCAUUGGCGCAUGA